AUGAACAACAACAAAAUCGACCACACCACGUUAAAGGAAAUACACGUACCGCGGUUCAUAACCGCCUAUUGCAAUUUACUCAUAGAACUUGAGUUAUUGCCAUAUGACAUUUUGAUUGAAAGUUGUUUUGAUUGCUGGUCUCACAAUAGAACCACGAAUGUUGCAGACCUAUAUGUAAAGAAAUAUCAAAAUGUCAUUUUGAUGAACGAAAUGAUCGUUCCGCAACUGCACUUCAUCUGCCAGAGUAUGGUUCAGGACAACAAUAAUAUGACCAAUAACAGAUCAACCAAAGUCAAGAGACAGACACCAUCAGCGUAG